UUUACAUUGCACGUGUGUUUCUAGCUAGUUUAUAGUCAAAAUGGCUAAGUCAAAAACUGCACGAAAGAGUGGAGAAACUAUGAAGAUGACAAGGUUUGUGCACUGAACUCACCUUUUCAAUAACUCGGGUCUCAAUUUAUAUUCUUUACAGUGCGACUAAUUACUUGAAAUGGAAGGUCGAGAGCCACAGAUGGUGCCACAUACACCAAAUUACGUUAGCUAGCUAACAUUAGCGGUCAAGCUAGCUACCUAGCUGACCAAAGUAAUCGUGACUUAUUUCUUACGUUACAUGACCAAAAGUAUGUGGAGACCUGCACGUCGAACAUCUCAUUCCAAAAUCAUGGUCGUUAAUGUGGAGUUGGUCCCCUUGCUGCUAUAACAGCCUCCACUCUUAUGGGAAGACUUUCCACUAGAUGUUGGAAUAUUGCUGCGGGUGUUUCCAUUAAGCCAAUAAGCAUUUGUGAAGUCGGGCGAUUAGGCCCGGCUCGCAGUCGGCGUUCCACUUCAUCACAAAUGUGUUUGAUGGGGUUGAUGUCAGGGCUCUGUGCAGACCGGUCAAGUUCUUCCACACCGAUCUCGACAAAUCAUUUCUGGAUGGACCUCGCUUUGUGCACAAUGGCAUUGUCAUGCUGAAACAGGAAAGGGCCUUCCCCAAACUGUUGCCACAAAGUUGGAAGCACAGAAUCAUCUAGAAUGUUAUUGUAUGCUGUAGCGUUAAGAUUUCCCUUCACUGGAACUAAGGGGCGAAGGCCGAACCAUUAUUCUUCCUCCACCAAACUUUACAGUUGGUACUAUGCAUUGGGGCAGGUAGCGUUUUCCUGGCAUCCACCAAACCCAGAUUAGUCAGUUGGACUGCCAGAUGGUGAAAGGUGAUUCUCUACCAGCUGAGCUACAGAGGACCGGGGCACCCAUACACAAAAAUGCAGGGCAGAAAUUUUACUGAAUUGUUGUAAAGGUGGCAUCAUAUGACAGUGCCACGUUGAAAGUCACAGAGCUCUUCAGUAAGGCCGUUCUACUGCCAAUGUUUGACUAUGGAGAUUUGCGUGGCUGUGUGGUCGAUUUUAUACACGUGUCCGGAACGGGUAUGGCUGAAAUAGCCACAUCCACUAAUUUAAAGGGGUGUCCACAUACUUUUGUGUGUGUAUAUGUAUCUAGAGUGGGGAGAACAAGUAUUUGAUACACUGCCGAUUUUGCAGGUUGUCCUACUUACAAAGCAUGUAGAGGUCUGUCAUUUUUAUCAUAGGUACACUUCAACUGUGAGAGACUGAAUCUAAAACAAAAAUCCAGAAAAUCACAUUGUAUGAUUUAAGUAAUUAAUUUGCAUUUUAUUGCAUGACAUAAGUAUUUGAUACAUCAGAAAAGCAGAACUUAAGAUUUGGUACAGAAACCUUUGUUUGCAAUUACAGAGAUCAUACGUUUCCUGUAGGUCUUGACCAGGUUUGCACACACUGCAGCAGGGAUUUUGGCCCACUCCUCUAUACAGACCUUCUCCAGAUCCUUCAGGUUUCGGGGCUGUCGCUGGGCAAUACGGAAUUUCAGCUCCCUCCAAAGAUUUUCUAUUGGGUUCAGGUCUGGAGACUGGCUAGGCCACUCCAGGACCUUGAGAUGCUUCUUACGGAGCCACUCCUUAGUUGCCCUGGCUGUGUGUUUCGGGUCGUUGUCAUGCUGGAAGACCCAGCCACGACCCAUCUUCAAUGCUCUUACUGAGGGAAGGAGGUUGUUGGCCAAGAUCUCGCGAUACAUGGCCCCAUCCAUCCUCCCCUCAAUACGGUGCAGUCGUCCUGUCCCCUUUGCAGAAAAGCAUCCCCAAAGAGUGAUGUUUCCACCUCCAUGCUUCACGGUUGGGAUGGUGUUCUUGGGGUUGUACUCAUCCUUCUUCUUCCUCCGAACACGGCGAGUGGAGUUUAGACCAAAAAGCUAUAUUUUUGUCUCAUCAGACCACAUGACCAUCUCCCAUUCCUCCUCUGGAUCAUCCAGAUGGUCAUUGGCAAACUUCAGACGGGCCUGGACAUGCGCUGGCUUGAGCAGGGGGACCUUGCGUGCGCUGCAGGAUUUUAAUCCAUGACGGCGUAGUGUGUUACUAAUGGUUUUCUUUGAGACUGUGGUCCCAGCUCUCUUCAGGUCAUUGACCAGGUCCUGCCGUGUAGUUCUGGGCUGAUCCCUCACCUUCCUCAUGAUCAUUGAUGCCCCACGAGGUGAGAUCUUGCAUGGAGCCCCAGGCCGAGGGUGAUUGACCGUCAUCUUGAACUUAUUCCAUUUUCUAAUAAUUGCGCCAACAGUUGUUGCCUUCUCACCAAGCUGCUUGCCUAUUGUCCUGUAGCCCAUCCCAGCCUUGUGCAGGUCUACAAUUUUAUCCCUGAUGUCCUUACACAGCUCUCUGGUCUUGGCCAUUGUGGAGAGGUUGGAGUCUGUUUGAUUGAGUGUGUGGACAGGUGUCUUUUAUACAGGUAACGAGUUCAAACGGGUGCAGUUAAUACAGGUAAUGAGUGGAGAACAGGAGGGCUUCUUAAAGAAAAACUAACAGGUCUGUGAGAGCCGGAAUUCUUACUGGUUGGUAGGUGAUCAAAUACUUAUGUCAUGCAAUAAAAUGCAAAUUAAUUACUUAAAAAUCAUACAAUGUGAUUUUCUGGAUUUUUGUUUCAGAUUCCGUCUCUCACAGUUGAAGUGUACCUAUGAUAAAAAUUACAGACCUCUACAUGCUUUGCCGAUUUUGCAGGUUUUCCUACUUACAGUGUAUCAAAUACUUGUUCUCCCCACUGUGUGUGUAUGUAUGUGUGUAUGUAUGUAUGUGUAUAUAUAUAUAUAUAUAUAUAUAUAUAUAUAUAUAUAUAUAUAUAUAUAUAUAUAUAUAUAUAUGACAGUUGGCCAACUAGCUAACUACUACACGUUGCACAGAACUCCAGGGCUAAUGUUGAUGGAAUAAAAGGUAACUAAGUGCAAAGUAACAGGAAGCUCUUUUGUCCCCCACUCCAGUUCCCGUGAGACGGUGGUCCAGGGGAUGGAUGACGAGGAUGAAGUGGAGCUUCAUCAAGCACUGGCUGAUGACAAUAUUAGUGCUAGUGAGGAUGAGGUGGGAUGCACACACACACGUGCAGUAAUUAUCUUGAGCAAUAAUAAGACGGUAGCAUAUCUGUCUAUUUGGAAUUUUAGAAACAUGCAGGAGGCGGUCACUAUAUUGAGAAUCUGUAUGAGCUGACUUCUCAAAGCACAUUCAUUACGGAUUGUUUUUACACGUGUGCGUCCAGGUAAUUUUUCUAGACGCACUGGUGCUCCUAAAUACAAAUUCCAGGUCGCACAGCAAAAUAUUUAGGCUCAUAUGCGAGUAAAAUGGAUGCACUGUAGAGCCCUGAUGUGUGUUUUGUCUGAUACAGGGAGGCAGCGAUGACGAGAGGAAACACUGCAAACUGCUGGAGGCCAUCAGCUCGCUCGGGGGGAAGAAGAGGUGAGAGAUGUAGCAACAUUGUGCUCCUAUAGUACCUUCCUAGAUGAGUGGGGCUUCUGGAGUUAUACAGGAGAAAUGAGGACUGGAGAACUUGGCCCACCAAUUCAUUUUAUUCACCAGUAUUUAAUGUUACAUUUUUACUUGUUGCUUUUGUGGUCAUGUAUGUUUGAUCUGUUUUUUGUCAAUGUGCAUUAUUCUAACGAUCAGGAAGAAGCUUACUGAACGGUCUGAAGCAAGCAUUCAGGUGUCAGAAUUCACAGUCAAUGCAGAAGGUAAAUGAUGCUAAAUGUACCUGAUUUACUCCUAUGAAAAUGCCUUGUGCUUUUAUCAAGAUAUUUUGCCAGUUAAUUAGUGAAAAGUGUUGCUAAAUGUCUGUAAUGACAGGAUCCAGGAACAGUGAUGGAAAUCCAAAAUGUGAUUUGACAAUAAGCUGAGUCUGAACUGUAUGUCUGUCUGCGUGUCAUGACUGACAGGUGAAGGAGACAAAAUAAAUAUGUCUGACCUCAUUGGAACCUUGGAUAAGACCCCCAGUGCCUUAAUGAAGAUGAAAAAGCAGCUGAAGAACCUUCAACAUAACCAGAGCACCCUGGAGACACCCCUGACCAGGAAGGAGACAGAAAGGGUAAGAACACCGACGGGGGCCGGAUGUCUAGUCAGGCCACUGUUCACGACUCAAGAGGAUUUAACACAUUUCCUUUUACAGAUCCAAAGAGAAGUGGCUUUUGAGAAAACGUCAAAAGAGGUGUCUCGCUGGCAGAGUGUGGUCCUACAGAACCAGAAGGCGGAGCAGCUGGUCUUCCCACUGAACCAGGAGCCCUCUGGACCCAAACGCAUGGAGCAGGUGGUAGCUGGAUGGAAGGUGGGUGUAAAAAGAUCCUUUGGAUUUUUCUGUGUGUUCCACGAUUAUAAACUAAUUUCAGAUGCAUAUUUUAUGUUCAAGGCUCAAACCCCCCUAGAACAGGAGAUAUUCAGCCUCCUACGCAUGAACAAGCAGCCUCUCCAUGACCCUGUCCUGACACCCACUGAGGAGGCCUCUCUGAGGGCCAUGAGUCUGGUGGAGGUGAGUCCCCGCCUCAAGCAUGACAUCCGGCAUGUGGUGAAAUGCAUAAAAUAAGCUGAAUAUGGUGUGUUAGUGCUGGGCAAGGACACAGGCCUGCACACACUACUGAUCUUGACUUCAUUCUGUAUGUGGACAAAAAGGACAAUGUACAAAUUGGGGAGUUUUUCUAAAUGUUUCUUGGUUGACUCUCAUAUCUACAAUCAAUAUAUAAUACAUUGUUUUUUUUAUUUUUUUGCAGGCCAAGAUCCGUCGUGCAGAACUUCAAAAAGCCAGAGUACUACAGUCUUAUUAUGAAGCGAAAGCCAAAAGGGAAAGAAAAAUAAAAAGCAAGAAGUGAGUGUUUGAUAUCCUUACAAUAUAGUUCCCUAUAUUAAGGAGGGUUUGAGAUAUCCUUACAAUAUAGUUCCCUAUAUUAAGGCGGGUUUGAGAUAUCCUUACAAUAUAGUUCCCUAUAUUAAGGCGGGUUUGAGAUAUCCUUACAAUAUAGUUCCCUAUAUUAAGGCGGGUUUGAGAUAUCCUUACAAUAUAGUUCCCUAUAUUAAAGCGGGUUUGAGAUAUCCUUACAAUAUAGUUCCUUAUAUUAAGGAGGGUUUGAGAUAUCCUUACAAUAUAGUUCCCUAUAUUAAGGAGGGUUUGAUACUUAUUUGACACUUUAUUUAUUUUGCACUACAAAAAUGAACUGUUGUAUUGAUAUUCCUCAAGUUUGCGGUGAGAAGAAAUUCCUGACUUGUGUAGCUGUAAAUUCUGCUGGAGGAUGAGUAAUGCAAAGUAAAAGGAAAUUCGAUGAUCCAGGAGGAGGUUGAUUAACUGAGAUGGUGGAAGGAAGGUGGCAUGUGAAUGGUGUAACAUCACUGCAAGGAAACAUCAGAGGCACUACUUGAUGAAUAACAUUCCCAUUUCUUCCCCAGAUACCACAGGGUACAGAAGAAAGUGAUGCGUAAGGAGUAUCUGAAACAGUUUGAUGAAAUGGUUAAGACAGACCCUGCUGCUGCCUUGGAGGAACUGAAGAAGAUGGAACUGUCAAGAAUGAAGGUAAUAUGCUUUGUGAGACCUUUACAUGAAAGGAGAGAUUGAUAGAAACAACUUGAAAGAACCUAAGAAUAAAUUGUGAUUAUUAGCAUUAAACCUGCUUAUUUUUUUCUGUUUCAUCUCUAUUCCCACAGGAACGAAUGUCUCUGAAGCACCAGAACAGUGGCAAAUGGGCCAAGUCCAAGGCCAUCAUGGCAAAAUAUGAUGAUGGGGUAAUGUGCUUUUAAACUGUUUUUAGAUGUUGUUUGUUUUAAAGGAUAUUAAGCUACCAGUCGCAAUAAUUUAUGUGCAAAUAUAUUUGAAAUGUAUUGGCCUGGCAGUUUGAGAGAACCAGUGUUUUCAGAAAAGAGAGCGGUAUCAUAUGGAGUUAGAAAUCUAUCAAUGUUUAAAAUAUAUAAGUAGUGAGUCACGAAGAUACCAAUAUUUUUUUAAAGACUAAAAUAAAUUACAAUCUGCAAAUGAUAAUGCAAAGUUGGUGUGCAUGUAAAUGUGAUGACUAUGGUCUGAAUCCAAAAUGUCAAAUGGUAAUACUGUUUAUACUACUCUUUAUCAGUCUUACAUAAUGUAAUCAGUCACCAAGGUUGAUGUCAAUUUUAAUUUCUAGUUUAAAAUGAUGUAGUUUUUUAAAUUAAGAAGUGGGACCCUGUGUGUGUGAGGGCUGACCUGUCAAAGAUGGAGCCCACUCCACCGCUGUGGACACUGCUUUAGCCAGGAGGAUCCCACCUGAGGAAGCCCUAAUAUGGAUGCCGUGCUUUUAAUCUGCACAAAAUGAGCCGUAAAAUGCAAUUCACAAAUAUGGGAUGGCAGUCAAAUGUAAUGCAAGGCACAAAUAUAUAUAAUGCAGGUCACAAAAGUAAUCUGUGGAGUCACAAAUGUCACAUUCACAAAAACAUAUUAGACCACUUGUCUUUGCAAAGUAAGAAAUAUGUUGGCAAAAUGUGCUGUGUUAACCAGAAAAAAACAAUCAUCUGUUUUCGUUAAUGAUGACUCCUUUGCUUUUGGAUCAUGACAUACUGUAUGUUUUUGAAACUACACUGAACAAAAAUAUAAACACAACAUGUAAAGUGUUGGUCCCAUGUUUCAUGGGCUAAAAUAAAAGAUAGCUUAGUGGUUAAGAGCGUUGUGCCAGUAACUGAAAGGUCGCUGGUUCUAAUCCCAGAGCCGACUAGGUGAAAAAUCUGUCUGUGCCCUUGAACAAGGCACUUAACCCUAAUUGCUCAUGUAAGUCGUAUGUAUUUUUUAUAAAUAUAAAAGUAUAAUUUAUAUUUAGUAUAAUUUAUAUUUUUCAUACACACAAAAAGCUUAAUUUUCUCAAAUGGUGUGCGCAAAUUAAUUUACAUCCCUAUUUGUGAGUAUUUCUCCAUUGCCAAGAUAAUCCAUCCACCUGAUAGGUGUGGCAUAUCAAGAAGCUGAUUAAACAGCAUGAUCAUUACACAGGUGCACCUUGAGCUGGGGACAAUUAAAGGCCACUCUAAACACAAUACGACAGAUGUUUUAAGGGAGCAUGCAAUUGGCAUGGUGACUGCAGGAAUGUACACCAGAGCUGUUAAAGUUGCCUCCAACGUCGUUUUAUAGAAUUGAGUAGAAUGUCCAACCGGCCUCACAACCGCAGACCACGUGUAUGGCGUUGUGUGGGCGAGUGGUUUGCUAAUUUCAACAUUGUGAACAAAGUGCCCCAUGAUGGCGGUGGGGUUAUGGUAUGGGCAGGCAUAAGCUACGGACAACGAACACAAUUGCAUUAUAUCGAUGGCAAUUUGAAUGCACAGCAAUACCGUGACGAGAUCCUGAGGCCCAUUGUCAUGCCAUUCAUCCGCCGCCAUCACCUCUUGUUUCAGCAUAAUAAUGCACGGCCCCAUAUCGCAAGGAUCUGUACACAAUUCCUGAAAACGGAAAAUGUCCCAGUUCUUCCAUGGCCUGCAUGCUCACCAGACAUGUCACCCAUUGAACAUGUUUGGGAUGCUCUGGAUCUACGUGUACGACAGCGUGUUCCAGUUCCCACCAAUAUCCAGCAAUAUCGCACAGCCAUUGAAGAGGAGUGGGACAACAUUCCACAGGCCACAAUAUCUUGUUUCAAAAAAGUAUAAAAAAUAAAUAACUGAGAAGUGGUGCGUGCAUAUGUAUUCACCCCCUUUGCUAUAAAGCCGCUAAAUAAGAUCUGGUGCAACCAAUUACCUUCAGAAGUCACAUAAUUAGUUAGAUUGCACACAGGUGGACAUUAUUUAAGUGUCACAUGAUCUCAGUGUAUAUAUACACCUGUUCUGAAAGGCCCCAGAGUCUGCAACACCACUAAGCAAGGUGUACCACCAAGCAAUCGGCACCAUGAAGACCAAGGAACUCUCCAAACAGGUCAGGGACAUAGUUGUGGAGAAGUACAGAUCAGGGUUGGGUUAUAAAAAAAUAUCAGAAACUUUGAACAUCCCACGGAGCACCAUUUUUAAAAUCCAUUAUAAAAAAAAUGGAAAGAAUAUAGCAUCACAACAAACAUGCCAAGAGAGGGCCGCCCACCAAAACUCACGGACCAGGCAAGGAGGGCAUUAAUCAGAGGCAACAAAGAGACCAAAGAACCCUGAAGGAGCUGCAAAGCUCUACAGCGUAGAUUGGAGUAUCUGUCCGUAGGACCACAUUAAGCUGGACACUCCACAGAGCUGGCCUUUACGGAAGAGUGGCCAGAAAAAAGAUAUUGCUUAAUGAAAAAAAUAAGCAAACACGUUUGGUGUUCGCCAAAAGGCAUGUGGGAGACUCCCCAAACAUAUGGAAGAAGGUACUCUGGUCAGGUGAGACUAAAAUUGAGCAUUUUGGCCAUCAAGGAAAACGCUAUGUCUGGUGCAAACCCAACACCUCUCAUCACCCCGAGAACACCAUCCCCACAGUGAAGCAUGGUGCUGGCAGCGUCAUGCUGUGGGGAUGUUUUUCAUUAGCAGGGACUGGGAAACUGGUCAGAAUUGAAGGAAUGGUGGAUGGCGCUAAAUACAGGGAAAUUCAUGAGGAAAACCUGUUUCAGUCUUCCAGAGAUUUGAGAUUGGGACGGAGGUUCACCUUCCAGCAGGACAAUGACCCUAAGCAUACUGCUAAAGCAACACUUGAGUGGUUUAAGGGGAAACAUUUAAAUGUCUUGGAAUGGCCUAGUCAAAGCCCAGACCUCAAUCCAAUUGAGAAUCUGUGGUAUGACUUAAAGAUUGCUGUACAUCAGCCGAACCCAUCCAACUUGAAGGAGCUGGAGCAGUUUUGCCUUGAAGAAUGGACAAAAAUCCCAGUGGCUAGAUGUGCCAAGCUUAUAGAGACAUACCCCAAAAGACUUGCAGCUGUAAUUGCUGCAAAAGGUGGCUCUACAAAGUAUUGACUUUGGGGGGGUGAAUAGUUAUGCACACUCAGGUUUUCCGUUUUUUUGUCUUAUUUCUUGUUUGUUUCACAAUAAAAAAAUAUGUUGCGUGUUCAAAGUGGAAGGCAUGUUGUGUAAAUCAAAUGAUACAUAUCCCCAAAAAAAUCCAUUUUAAUUUCAGGUUGUAAGGCAACAAAAUAGGAAAAAUGCCAAGGGGGUGAAUACUUUCACAAGCCACUGUACAUUUGCACAACACUUUUUUGUUUGUGACUCGCUACAUACAUUUCUAUCAAAUGUUUCAAAUAUAUCGCCAUAGGUAUGUGUCAUGAGACCCCAUGCCUGAAAUAAAUUGAUGGAGACUAAUUUGGUUUCUCUUGGUCCCCAGGCUCGCAAAGCCAUGCAGACGCAGCUGGAAGUGAACAAAGAUCUGACCCAGAAGUUGGUAAUACCUGCUGACGAAGAUGAGGAGGAGGAUGAAGAGGAUUCAGCAGAGACCUUGCCAGACUUUGUGAAUGACGCAGAGCCCAUAGUGGACCAGGUGAAUCCAUGGAUGAGAGGCAAGCUUUCUACAGAGCCUACGGUGCAGGAGGAAAGCAGCUGUAUACAGUCUCCUGUUGUUGGUCACGGAGAAGUGGGAAAACCAGGAGAAGGACAGGAUGACCAAGAGGAGGAUGAGGACCAGAUGGAGGAAACCGAAGAAGAUGCACUUUUAAGAGGGUUUGAGGAGAGGCGGAAAUUGCGUCAAACUGAAGAUGUUGAGGUUGCACCCAUGUCUAUGGUGGAGAAUGACGGUAAUGAAGAUAUUGAUGUAGGGUCACGUCUUUGCAGAUUAGUUUCAUACUCAUGAUCAGGAGUGAAAUGUAAAGUUCCCAGUUUUGUGUUUGUGUUGUCUCUCACAAAGUACAACAACUCCUUUUCCACUCAAACUCCAGAUGGGAAGAAAGCUGAGACUGGAGAGAUCUCUGACGAUGAUGAGGAGGCUGGGCUCUCAGAGUUCACCAGCCUGUUCCAUGGGCUAGUGAAGAACCACGUGGAGCCUCCAGCUGAGCUGCCCAAGGCAGGGGCAGGUGUAGGCCAGGGGGAGAGCCCUGCCCUGCUGGAGGAGGGCCUGGUGCGGGUUAGGACCCUGGAGGAUGUGGAGCUGCUCAGUCAGGACGUCUCUGCCAAUGACCCAGCACCUCUAAUCACCCAGACGCCAAGCACAGAGGAAACAGACCCUCAGUCUGCAACUCAACAGACAAAGAGAAAGAGAAAGAGAGUGAUUGAUCCAAAUGAGGUUCUGACCAAGGAGGCGAAGGUCAUCAAAGUGCCGUUGGCUCCAACAGCUGUCGAGGAUGUUGAGGUAAGGGACACAGUACAAGACAAAUACAUGUAUUUUUCAAGGUGCAUCUGAAACGAGUGCCCUUUAAUCUGCAGGAGGCUUCAAUGCGCCAAUCAGCGCACCUGCCUGCAAAAAGAUCUUUAUGUAUUCUAUGCUGUUAUCUGGGAAAUUAAACUCUGCCUUUUCUGUCAUGUAAUGUAUGGCCAUCUCAGGACAAGGAGGAACAGAGGGUCAUCAUUAAAGAGGCCUUUGCAGGGGAUGAUGUCAUCUCCGACUUCCUGAAGGACAAAAGGAAACAGGAGGAAGCAGGAAGGCCGAAGGUUAUUGACCUGACUUUGCCUGGAUGGGGAGAGUGGGGAGGCCUCGGUCUCCAACCCUCUCGUAGCAAACGCAAGAGGUAGGUAGAUGGCAAUGGCAUCGAAUUGUGGUCAUUUGACAAACUGCUCCAAGUAGUAUCAUGCAGGUUUAGUGGAGGUAUUUUUGAGUUUGUGCCCCUAAUAUGGUUUGCUUUUUUGUCUUACUGAAGAUUCCGGGUAAAAGUUGCUCCUCCUCCACCAAGGCAAGACCAAAAGCUCCCUAACAUCAUCAUCUCAGAGAAGCGGGAUUCCUCCAUUGCUGCACACCAGGUGACCUAGCUCAGUGACUUGCAUACUAUUUUACUAGAAAGAUAUGACUUUGUCAUAUGGGGGUGGAGGUGGAGGAAGCCCCCCCACCCCAAAAAAAGAAACAAGUAUGACAUUGUGUUAUGGUUUGACUUCUUCUUUCUUCAUCUCUUGCAGGUGAGUCAGUUACCGUUCCCAUUUGAGAACCCCACACAGUUUGAGCGCACCAUCCGUUCUCCUGUUGGCCGCACCUGGAACACCCAAAACACAGUGCAGAAGAUCACGGCGCCAAAGGUCGUCACCCAGUUAGGUGCCAUCAUUGAGCCAAUUGCUCGGGAGGACUUAAUAAAGGACAACAGACAGGCAGUCACAGGGAAAGGGCCCAAUAUAAACCUGGAGUCAGACCAAGGCGCUCAGAAGAAAAGACGCUCGCAGCAAAAGAAGAAACACAAACACAAAAAGAACUGAUGGUCCUACGGGUUGUCAUCACUGAAAUGUCUGAGACUGUUGAUAAGAACUCAUUCUGUUCAUUAGGUUAGGGGCUCGAUACAAUCCGUAUCCCUGAAGUUCAGCGCUAUUGUGCGAUUAAAUAUAAAGGUAAUUUCCGAUUUGAGCUGACGUAUGCAGCAUUUCCAGUGAAUGCCGUCUCCGCGAACGCAGAAACAUUGCCUUUUAAAUGUCAAGCACGCUGUAACGCUGAUAUUCAGCGCUACAGAUUGAAUCGAGCCCUCUGGUUAUAUUUCAGUGUUGAGGGUUCUGUGUCUACUGGUUGUCUGUCUAUUUUAGUGACUGAUUCAGA